AUGCUUAGGCAAGGACACCCAGUUGUUGGGAGCUCCCAAAACGCUGUCAACGUCUCUCCCGUUCCGAUCAUCAAUGCAGGUGAAGGGGAACACCCCACACAGGCCUUCUUCAACGUUCACAAGAUCUGUUGUAAGCAUACCAUUGUCCUCCAUCCUCUCCCAAGGAAUGCUGAGAUUGAUGCCGAGGUCAACCUAGACCCUCUCAAAGUAGCCUAUUAA